UACAAGUGAACGAUAAGAUUUGAAGGUAUUUUGUCUGAGUCUGACCCGUCUUAAUCCGAUUCGUCCCUUUUCUUUCAUCUCCGAGUCAAUUUUUGAAUUCGUCAAUCGUUCUUCUUCUUCUUCGUCUUCUUCCUCUUGAGAUCCCCCAGAAAAACCCUAGCUCCCUCUCUCAUUUUCCCCCUCUAAAUCUCACCAUUAAUUUUAUGCUAGGGGGAGCAUAGAAUCGAAUCCUCGGCAUACCAACAACAAUCGUGAUCGAAUCGAUCUGCGGAGGCUGAGAAACAAACUAAAAAUGUCAUCGGAGAUCGAGGUGGUUGAAGAAAUCGAAUCGAAUCCGCAGGAGAAUGGGGAAUCGAGUUCUAAAGCGGUUGACGAGGAGAGUUUGAAGAACGAUGUGUAUACCGCUGCGGCUUAUGGUGAUUUGGAGAAGCUUCAUAGAUUGGUUGAGUGUGAGGGUUGUUCUGUUUCCGAGCCCGAUGGUCUUGGCUACUAUGCUCUUCAGUGGUCCGCCUUGAACAACCGCGUCGCCGUUGCUCAGUACAUUAUUGAGCAUGGUGGAGAUGUAAAUGCCACGGAUCAUACUGGACAGACUGCAUUACAUUGGAGUGCUGUUCGUGGUGCGAUACAAGUUGCAGAACUCUUACUACAAGAGGGAGCAAGGGUCGAUGCAACGGAUAUGUAUGGCUAUCAGCCAACACAUGUCGCAGCACAGUAUGGCCAGACUGCUUUUCUUUGCCACGUUGUCUCCAAGUGGAAUGCUGAUGCUGAUGUGCCAGAUAAUGAUGGAAGAAGCCCCUUGCAUUGGGCUGCAUAUAAAGGUUUUGCAGAUUCUAUUCGCCUACUUUUAUUUCUAGAUGCAUAUAGAGGACGGCAGGACAAAGAAGGUUGCACUCCUCUGCACUGGGCUGCCAUCCGAGGUAAUUUGGAGGCUUGCACUGUCUUGGUGCAGGCUGGAAAGAAAGAGGAUUUGAUGAUUACUGACAAGACUGGGCUAACCCCUGCACAACUUGCUUCUGAAAAGAAUCACAGACAAGUUUCUUUUUUCCUUGGUAAUGCUAGAAACCUUCUUGAAAAGCGUUGCGACGGAAGCACUCCCCUUGGAAAGUUGUCAAAGUUGGGACUCGCUCCAGUUCUUUGGAUCAUGAUCCUGCUGCUUCUGCUCGUAUAUACAAAUUCUGUUGUUUUGGCAUCCAAUCUGCCAAAGUUAACAGCUGGGAUUGGUUCGCUUGCAUGGCUGGGUUUCCUUCUUGCAACUGCAGGACUAUUUUUAUUUUACCGCUGUAGCAGGAACCACUGUUAAAAAUAGAGCUAAACAACCCUGCUUUGCUUGCUGGGAAUUGGACGCAACUCUGUGCAACAUGCAAGAUUAUCAGACCUCUUCGAGCUAAGCACUGUUCCACCUGUGAUCGUUGUGUAGAGCAAUUUGAUCACCAUUGUCCUUGGGUAUCAAAUUGUGUUGGAAAAAAAAACAAGUGGGAAUUUUUCCUUUUUCUUCUACUUGAAGUUCUAGCGAUGCUGAUAACUGGUGGUGUUACUCUUGCAAGAGUCUUGAGUGACCCUUCAGCUCCAUCGUCUUUUGGAGCAUGGAUGAGCCAUGUCGCUAGUAAUCAUGUGGGUGCUUUAUCCUUUCUGCUGGUGGAAUUCUGCCUCUUCUUUUCUGUUGCUGUCUUAACAGUUAUACAAGCGUCACAAAUAUCAAGGAACAUAACUACAAACGAAAUGGCUAAUGCCCUGCGGUACAGCUACCUAAGAGGUCCAGGUGGUCGCUUCAGGAAUCCGUAUGAUCUAGGGUGCAGACGAAACUGCUCGGACUUUUUAGUAAAAGGUUAUAACGAAGAUAUUGAGUGUCAUGAAGAAGACGCAACACAGAGACAAGAGGGUAUUAGCAUGAUGCAAAUGCAGCGGAAUCCAGAACUUCAAAAUGGCAAUGGGCACGUCGCUAUCAAUGUUAACCCGGUACAUAAUUCACAGUCAACACAUGGUCAUUCUUCCAACUGCAGCCAUAGCCAUAAUAGUAAGUCAAAGACUGAUAAAGUUCCUGUGGGGUUGGGACUUGGUCUUGCUCGCAACCCAACCCGACCUGUUGUACCUCCAUGAUAGGGGCUUGUCCCAAAUGUUCCUUAUAUGUGCAUUUGUGUUGUAAGAAACACGUGUGUGCUGAUACAUUAUCAUUAACACAAGUAACUCAAGGUUCUGAACCAUGGAUUUCUUUUUUUCAGAAUUAGAUUGUUUCCAUUUAGUUAAUGUCCUUUCUCUAGAUUA